CCCAAAAGCCACUCGCAGCGCCAAAACAAGACAGUGUGGUAUGGGCAGUAGGCACAGCAAGGGGACGGGGCAUAUAGACUCUUAUUGGGAGACUACGUCCAUUAGGCUGGGUACCAAGAGUUGGCAGGCAAAAGGUGGGUGGCUGGUGGGGUAGCAAGGUCUCCCCGAAAGCAUUUACGCAGAAAGGAUGGGCAUUUGAAGGAGACGAAGAAGAAAGGGCAAGGAAAGCCAAAAAUAUUGGAUACUGCUAAUGCAGGUAGUACUAUGGGAGCUGGGGUAUAGGUUGGACUGGAUUGGGCGAAGGCAGGGUAGGCACCUACCAAGAAUAAAGGAUGUUGGGCACAGCUCAGACAAAGGGAAAGUAGUUGAGACUCGUGUGGAUCAGGUUCUGGGAGAAGAAGUGCAAAGGCCAGGACACCUCAAGCCAUACCAGCUGAGAAGGAAGCUGGGUAACAAAGGGAAAAACUGAAAAAGUUAUGCCUGCAAGACUACGUGGCUUUCAGUAAACAGGUAGGCACUUGGCAUGGAUGCGUUCUGGUGACACAAUGGAAAUGGGAGAAAGAUGGAUGCAGGAUUGAAUGAGCCCACUUUUUAUGUGAUUAACCGACAACUACUUGGUGCCGAUCCAAAUAUUCUCCAAUACAACAAUUGCUUCUUAUCAGCUUCUCCCAGUUCUGCUUAGUUGCCGUUUUCAGAAGCAGAGGAUUCCAGGUCUAUCUGGCGCAGGGCGUGUGCCCUGCAGCUCGCAGUCCUUCAGGUGGGGGGCCUCCAUCCACUUCCCUUCUCCCUGUCCCUCCGGUCUCCAGUUCCACUCCAUGGGGGUGGAUGGCAUGUAUGAGAAGAGCAGAAUGCUGAACAUACAGAACAGUACAUGGGGUGGUCGCCAGGAGUGGUAUCAAGACAGUUUGGUGACAGGACCACCCAACCCUGAUAGUUGCCAGCAACUUGAAAGUGGCCUGGAUCCUGAGCAUCCCCAAGGUGCAAGCAGCCAAGAUCUAGAUGAGUCCCAAAUCCGUUUGCAGCUGAAGCGCAAAUUGCAAAGGAACCGGACAUCUUUUACCCAGGAGCAGAUCGAAGCUCUGGAGAAAGAGUUUGAGCGCACUCAUUAUCCUGACGUCUUUGCCCGGGAACGCUUGGCAGCAAAAAUUGAUCUUCCAGAGGCCCGGAUCCAGGUCUGGUUCUCCAAUCGCCGAGCCAAGUGGCGCCGGGAGGAGAAACUGCGGAAUCAGAGACGCCAAGCAGGAGGGACAGGGGGACACCUGACCAUAAACAGCAGUUUUGGCACUGGAGGGAGCACUGUUUACCAGUCUCUCCCUCAGCCUACAGGGUCAGGCACUAUGUUGGGCCGUACAGAAAGUGCUCUCAGCAACAACUAUGGUGCCCUUCCACCCUUACCUACCUUCUCCAUGGCCAACAGCCUCCCUAUCCAGCAGCAGGCCGUGCCCCCGGUUGCCAGCCAGACGUCAUCUUAUUCCUGUAUGCUCCCUGGCAGUUCAUCGGUGCGAAGCUACGAUUCAUACACGCCAUCCCAGCUCUCCUCACAUAACCUGAGCCCAAGCAAUGGAGCCUCUACUGGCUUAAUCUCUCCAGGGGUGUCUGUUCCCGUACAAGUCCCUGGAGGAGAUCCCGAUCUUUCCCAGUAUUGGCCAAGAUUACAGUGAGGAGGGAAGUGGAAGAGGGAAAUGGAAGGCAGAAAGGAAAUAGGAGAGGAACGGAGAAAUGAUGGGUCACAUCACAUGGGAGGGAAUGGUGGAGAGGAAGAGCUUGCCUUCCUGCCUCAACUUUGUGUAUCUAUGUUAGGCAACCAUGUCUGUGUUGGUGCCGAGCCUUCACCCUCCUCUCUGUGUGUGCACUUCUGUGCCACGGGGGAGCAGGGGACAGCUCCUCGGUUGUCCAUCCCCCCCCCCCCAAUUAUAUAGUUCGUUCUGUGGAUUUCUUCUUUUCCUCCCCUGGAUCCUAAAAAGGGCAGUGAGAACCAGGAAAAAAGACCUUCCAGAAGUACAAUGGCAAGACACCAACAUCUUGGGGAUCUAGUGUAAUGGAUUGUGGGAAUCAACACCUCUUUGGGGAGCGGAUACAACGAAUGAAACAAAGGUGGAACCUUGAAUGAUAAACCCGAAGAGACAUAGUGACCAACAAAUUAAAAUCCAGUGGAAAUCUACAAAGGACUGCCUGAGGAAAAUGAAGCACACGUUCCCCUUUUGAGCUAUUGUUUGCAAAGGAUUGUUGCGUGUAAAUCAAUACCACAACCAUUUGGAAAGCAGUGAAUAUCAUUGUGGGGAAGAAAGCAUUGACCCUCUCCUCUUUUGCCCUCCUAGAAUAUCGUGGGAUAUAUGUUAAAGGCCUCCGGGCCCCUCUUGCGGUUUUGGGAGGCUUGCUAGUGUUGCUUCUUCCUGGGUGUGUAAUGUUCAGUGGUUUUUUUCCCCCUUGCAAAGAUUGUCCUUUAAGCCCCUCCAUGUAUCUCUGUUCACUCGGCCUCACUCCAACCUCUUUUCUUUCCUGCAUGGAAUUCACUUAGCUGGGUUUCCACAUGGAUCCCAGAGGACUUGGGACCUCUGACCUACACAAAAUGCCCACACAGACACACACUUACACACACACAUGCACACUUAUAGAUUCAACCUGUUUUCACCUGUGUUAAUAAAGGACCUGUGUAAAUAA